AUGGCGCCAGGCAAGAGGAACCUCAAGGCGACGAAGAAGUUCGAGAAGAAACAUCUAACGGGCACGUUGGAGAAGCGCAAGGCUGGUGCCAAGCUCAAGCAGCGCAAGCAGAUGCAGGACAAGAAGAAACUCAGAAGAUCAAAGGAUGCUGAGUCCAUCAGGAAUGACAAUGAUGCCGAGGCAAAGAAGCCAAGCGCCAAGGGCAAGAAGAUCAACGACAUGAGCGUCGACGAGUUCUUUUCUGGUGGUUUCGAUGAGAUUAUUGACGAAAAGAAGAAGCUUGGAAAGCGCAAGAGGAACGGUAACACCGCUGAGGAUAACGAAGCCAGCGGUGAUGACUCAAUGGACGAGCAGCCCCUCGCUGCUGGCGACGACAGCGACGACAAUAUCGAAGAGGCGGACAGCCUUGGUAUGAGCAAACAAGCCAUGGACGAGCUCGCCGAGAAGGAUCCCGAAUUCUACAAGUUCUUGAAGGAGAACGACCCCGAGGUCCUCGACUUUGACGACAAUGCCGAUCUCUCAGAAGUCGAUGCGCUCAGCGGUGACGACGAGGAGGAACAAGAAGAAGAGCAGCCCAAGAAGAAGCAAAAAAAGAACAAGAAGGCGGCAGAGGCAGAGGCAGAGUCUGCCGCGGUCGCGCAAGGGAACGAGUUGACCCGUGAGCUUGUUGCUUCAUGGAAGAAGGCUAUGACUGAGAAGAACUCCCUACGAGCUGCUCGACAGGUCGUGUUGGCUUUCCGUUGCGCCGCGCACUUGAACGAGACUGAUGAGGAGACUGAGCAGCGAUAUGUUAUCAACAGUCCCGAGGUCUACAACGACAUCCUGCUCCUUGCUCUCAAGCAGAUUCCCACGGUUAUGAACCACCAUCUCCCUAUCAAGGAGUCCGCCUCCGGUAGAGUCUACGUCCAGACCGAGUCAAGAAAAUUCCACACCUUGUCUCUACUGCUCAAGACAUACACCUCUUCUAUUAUGCACCUCCUGAGCUCUCUGUCCGACGACAAGACCCUCAAGCUUACUCUCUCCUCCAUCACCCCCAUCCUCCCUUACCUCCUCUCUUUCAAGAAGCUCGUCAAGGCUCUCGCCAAGUCCGUCGUCAACUUCUGGGCUCAGCCUGCCAGUUCCGAGACAACAAAGAUCACAGCGUUCCUUGUUCUGCGACGUCUGGUCGUGAUCGGUGACAAGGGUAUCCGGGAGACAGUCCUCAAGGCUGUUUACCAAGGUCUUAUUCAGGGCUGUCGUGUCACAAACGCCAACACUAUCCAGGGCAUCAACCUCAUGAAGAACUCUGCUGCUGAGCUUUGGGGCAUCGACCAGGCUGUUGGCUACACCACCGCCUUCUCCUUUAUCCGACAGCUCGCCAUUCAUCUGCGCAACAGUAUCGUGCACAACAAGAACGACGCUUUCCGCAUCGUCUACAACUGGCAGUAUACCCACUCUCUCGACUUUUGGUCAUGUGUUCUCGCCGAGCACUGCAGUCCUAUGAAGGAGGCCGAGGCCGGAAAGGAGAGUCAGCUCAAACUCCUCAUCUACCCUCUCGUCCAGGUUACUCUCGGAGCGAUGCGCCUGAUCCCCACCGCCGUCUACUUCCCCUUCCGUUUCCAUCUCAUCCGCUCACUCCUCCGAAUUUCUCGCGCCACUGGCACUUACAUUCCCCUAGCCUCUCCCCUUCUCGAGGUCCUUACCUCAACUGAGAUGAAGAAGGCCCCCAAGGCCGCUUCCCUCAAGCCCUUUGACUUUGCCACAUCAUACAAGGCACCCAAGUCAUACCUCCGAACUCGUGUUCUUCAGGACGGUAUCGGUGAGCAGCUCGCCGAACUUCUGAGCGAGUACUUCAUGCUCUGGGCUACCUCUAUUGCCUUCCCUGAGCUCGCCCUUCCUAUCCUCAUCCAGCUCAAGCGCUGGCUCAAGCAAGCCCGCAACAAGACUUCUGGCAACAAGAACGCCAAGCUCGCCGGUCAACUCAUCCUUCUUGUGCAGAAGCUUGAGGCCAACGCCAAGUUCAUCGAGGAGAAACGUUCCAAGGUCGAUUUCGCACCCAAGGACCGCGCCCAGGUUGAUGCUUUCCUACGUGACUUUGACACUGCCAAGACACCUCUUGGAGCUUUCGUUGUUGGACAACGCAAGGCUCGGGCUGAGCGUGCCAAGCUUCUCGAGGAGGCUAGAAGGGAGGACGACCGCAAGCGACGAGAGAAUGAGAAGGCUGAUGUGGAAGAUGAAGUGAUGGAAGAUAGCGAAGCCGAGGACGACGACGAAGAUGAAGAGGACGAGGAGAUGGAUGAUGGCGCUGAUGAUAGCGACGAGGAUGAUGAAGAGUAG